UCCUUCCUUCAACUUGCUCGCUUUAUUUGGUUUGCAAUGCACAAAGCGCAUGACGCGACCACGACGCGAGCGACACACAGAUCUCCACUUAAUUGUGCAGAAGAAAUCGAAAACAAAGAUGCACGGAUGGAGAGUCACUACAAAGGAUUUCUACAGGCUGAUUGGAGAAGAGAAGCACGUCACAUGAGGUUAUAAACAACGCGCAAACAUCCCAGCCGAGCUGUUCAAGUGGAUCAAGAACAAUCCAGUACAGGCAAUCAUACCUGUCAAACGAGACUGAGGGCAACAAAUCCCAACUUUUUCCUCCACCACGCCCUCUAGUGUCCACACGCCAGAAGGGGAAAAGUUGCCACGACUGCAGCAGAUAGACGGACGGACGUCGUACCGUGUUGCUCAAACAUGUGCAAGUUGGUGAGCUACUACACACUGUGCGUCUUUGUGUGCUGUCAGCUCCGUUUUGCGAGCGUUUGGGCGGACGAUGAGGUCAAGAUCGAGGUGGUGCAGCAGCCCGACACGUGCGAAAAAAAGAGCAAGAAAGGAGACCUGAUGAACGUCCACUACGAUGGCUUCCUCGCUAAAGAUGGAACUCAGUUCUACUGCAGCCGCCACGACAAAGCCGGUCACCCGCAGUGGUUCAUCCUGGGCGUAGGGCAAGUCAUCAAGGGUCUGGACAUCGGGAUGCUUGACAUGUGCGCAGGGGAGAAGAGAAAAAUCACCAUUCCACCCUCCUUGGCCUUUGGAGAGAAAGGCAAAGGUCCUGUCCCACCCAACGCGACGGUGGUCUUUGAAGUGGAGGUCUACUCCGUGUCCCGAGGUCCACGCAGCAUGGAAGCUUUUGGCCAAGUGGACACCGACCAAGACCGAAGUCUCACAAAGGCCGAGAUCAAGGCCCACUUGAGGAUGGAGUUUGAAAAAAACGGCAAGCCGGGAGACGACGCCCACUACGAGAAGAUCAUCACGGACAUCUUCCGCAAGACCGACACCGACAAAGACGGGAUCAUCAGCGCCAACGAGUACAACAUUUAUCAACACGACGAGCUCUAGUCCUCUCGGCCGGUAGUACGUUCCUUUCUUUUUGAACAUUUUUAUAUUCCACAAAUGUAUUUUGGGUCUGAAGGCACUGAAGUUAAAAACCAAAAUGCAGAAAGGGUUUCAUUUUGUACAAGUGCAAAGGAGAUUUGUGUUCGCUCCAUAGAGGCCUUUGCGUCUUUAAUGGCUCAUCCAGGAAAAGGUGCCAAGAGAUGAGAAUGUUGGAAUUGAUUUCAUAAUGGUGGUUUGAGAUCUGUGUACGUUUUGAAGACACUUAAGUGUCAGAAAAUGUCAAGGGAAAAAAAACGAAUAAAAUCUUGACAGAUGCGGUCUGAGCUGACAUCAC